AUGCAGCAGCUUCGGAAAGACGUGAAGGACCAGUCUACCAGUCGCUUCCUGCAUGUCGCUCAAGACAACUUCUACAGGGACCUUACGCCAGAUGAGCAGGCUAACAUGAGCGCCUUCAAUUUUGACCAUCCCUCGGCGUUCGCAUGGAACGAGAUCGUGGCAACUUUGAGGGACCUGAAGGCUGGGCGCCCGGCCCUCAUCCCCCAGUAUGACUUUGUGACCAGUUCCAGAAAGGCCGAGCCCGUCCCGGUGCAAAGUGCCGACGUUGUUUUGUUUGAUGGCAUUCUUGCGUUCUACAGUGCAGAGUUGAGGGAGCUGUUUGAUCUGAUGCUCUUUGUGGAUGUCGAUGAUGACACACGACUGGCACGAAGGAUCAGGAGAGAUCUCGUGGAGAGGAAGAGGGAUGUGCUGCAUGUCCUGGAGCAGUACGAAAGGACUGUGAAGCCGAGCUUUGCGCAAUUCAUACUCCCGACAAAGCAGUUCGCACACAUCAUUGUACCGCGUGGCUUGGAGAAUAUUGUGGCUAUCAAUCUGAUCCAGCAACACAUAAAGUGGCGGCUGUCAGAGCGACUUCAAGCAGAUACAACUGCUUCGUCACAGACAUGAUGAUCAUGAACUUCAUGAACAUCGAUGUUCUUAUGAUGUUUGAGUGGACAGUGCGGUUCCAAGAUGCAUGGCAUUUGUUUGCAGGAACAAUUUUGAUUUUGUAACCUAUUUUAUUGAGAGCGCUGCUCUAUUGCGAGGGGGGCUCCGGAGGUUUAUUGUCAGAUUGCAGUGUGGAACCUGCAGCUGCUGCAUCCCAUGACCGUCCCUAUCAUGAGACUGAGUGAGGAGUCAAAGUCUGACACAGUGAAUCACUGACAGUGAUUAGACGCCAAGCUUCUGUAAAUAGUUGAGGUUGUC